CCCAAACAGGAAAAAGAAAACGAAGUGCUAGUAGCUUGUAGCCUAGCUAUGAAAUAUUGCUACAGUCCAAUGUUGCGAGCCAAAUUAGUGUAGAAGGUUAAGUGACUAUAGUAUUACUUUACUAGCAAUGUUUAACGUAACUGGAUCAAAUGGUUGAUGAGACUGAACAGCCAUGGGUGACAUGAAAACCCCAGAUUUUGAUGAUCUUCUGGCCGCCUUUGACAUCCCAGAUGCCACUGGGCUGGAUGCCAAAGAGCCCCUACAGGGGGGUCAUGAGGAGACCGAGGGUCAGCAGAAACACACAGGAAUAUGCCUGGAUGAUAGCUUAGUGAGUAACAAGGCUGUUCCGAUUUCUGAUAUUCCUACUGUAAGUGUUAUUGUGAAAAACACAAGUCGCCAGGAUUCAUCUGAAGGCUUUGGACCAGCUUUGCAAAAUGGAUUCAAGGGACAAGAACCUUCUGUUGACACUGACAACACUGACUUAUCCAAAUCAUUUGUCUCUGCCUUGAAUGGUGAGAGUUCAAAGGAGCUUUUUGGAAAGGCUCCUAUUCAGCACAAACCAGAUGGAACACCAAUAUUUUCACAGUCACUUUCUCAUUCUAGUCCCAUCUCCAGUCCGGAGUCUGAAGACACUCAGAUGCACCCUAAACAAGAGAAACCCUGUUUUCCUGAAGCUUCUGUUUCGAUGGAGCCCUCGGUCGCAGAUGGUACAAAACAUCUGGAUCUUGGCCUGUUUGAUGAAUACUCUAAGGACUCUGAUAUUUCCGAGAACAAUAGGAGGACAGCAGCACACAGUGAUAGAAGCAAGGAGCCCUCUGACCUCUUAGUCUGUAAAGAAAUGGAUAUAACACACAGAAUACAAACUGCCCUUCCACCACCAAGUAGUAGCCAGAACUUUACUGAUACCAACUGCAAUUCAGGAACCUCAAAAGAUGUUUCUACUUCUUAUCCUUCUGGCAAAUCUCAGACAUCUAAAUUGUCCUCUUGCCUUGAGGCUCUGGUGGCUCUGAAUGCUAGACAAGAUCUCAGAGAGUCUUCAACCAGUCAGAAUGAAUGCAUGAAAGCAAGUCCCAACAUGCCUGUAUCCCCAAAAAGCCCCAGAAGUCCGCUUGAAACUGUGAAACGGUUAACUAAACCCUCUGAUAGUCCGAUUAGUAUCUGCAGUGAUAGUAGUGGCAAGGCAUCCCCAGCAGUGGCAUCAGGGUCACCUGCUGCCAUACCCAAGGUCAGAAUUAAGACCAUAAAAACAACAUCUGGACAGAUCAAGCGUACAGUGACCAGUGUGCUGCCUGAUUCAGAAACAGAUGACAUUCAUUCUGCCUAUGAAUCCUCUCCAUCUCAAAGUAUGAUUAGUGAAGAUUCUUUCUGUAAUACAUCUCCACGUCCAUCUCAAAGUGCAGCUGGUGAUGUUGGAAUACAGACUAAAAAUAUACCAGCCACUACAUCCUCACUGAAGGUUGUUCCUAACAGAUCAGAGGAAAACACGAGGAAGACCAGUAAAUCGCAGUCUUCCACAAUAUUUAACAACACUAGUGGCCCUGUCAAGCAAUCUGUUGCACAUCAUAAGCAGAAAACAAAGAGAGAAUCAACAACUAUAUGCCAAACAACAGGCACAAACUUUCUUCCCAAAGCAAUGCACCUUGCUAGUCUUAAUCUUGUCCCCCACAGUGUUGCUGCUUCAGUUGCUGCACGAUCCACCUCCCAUCAUCAAACUAAACAUACACUCUCCUCUACUGUGUACAGCACUGUCCCGCUGGUGCAUCAGAUCAAAACAGCCAACCCAUACCCACGCACAUCCAUUCACAACACAGCAGCAGGAACAUUAAACAGGCUGUUAAACAACGCCAACCCUUUGCCUGCAUAUGUGCCCAAUCUGAACCCCCCUCCAGAGAGCAACAUCAAACUUCCACCACGCGGUUACUGCUGCCUUGAGUGUGGGGACUCAUUUGGGGUGGAGAGAAGUCUUGCGUAUCAUUACAGCAGGAGGAGUGUUCACAUUGAAGUAGGAUGUACGCACUGUGCAAAGACUAUGGUGUUCUUUAACAAGUGUGCCCUGUUGGCACAUGCACGGGAGCACAAAAAGAGCGGCAUGGUGAUGCAGUGCACACAGCUUCAUAUGAAACCUAUAGCAGAGGAACAAAUGUUUGUACCCCUGAGUGCUGAUCCUGUAAAUGUGGACUCUUACGCCUCUUGGUCAUCCUCACUUAAAAGCCAGCCUGUCCUCCCAUUGUAUUUGGACAAUUUCAUUAACCACCAACAUCGUUGUCUCGAGUGUAACAAGCAGCUGCCUGACUACAAAGCACUCGCAGGCCAUUACCAGAGGUCAUCAGAAGACGUGGAAGGACUAAUGUGUCAGGUGUGCUCCAUGUUAUUACCCAACAAGUGCAGCUUCAAAGCUCAUGGACGACUUCACACACACAAGUCUCCCUAUAGCUGCCCAGAGUGUGGUGCCAUGAGUCGUUCUGUAGAUAUACAGAAGCACAUUAAGGAAAACUGUCUUCACUACGCACGCAAGGCCUGGUACAAAUGUCUUCACUGUGAUAUGGUUUUCAAAACCCUCCAAGGACAAAAGAAUCACAUUGGGGAGAAACACUGUGAAGUCUUUUACAAGUGCUCCAUCUGUCCAGUUGCCUUCAAGACCCCAGACAGCUGUGAAGUGCAUUUAAACAUUAAACACAAUGCUAGCAAAGUAUCCCCUCAGCUCAUCUUUAAGUGUUCAUGCGAGACAGUUUUCAAGAAAAAGCAGUUACUGUUUCAGCAUUUUCAUCAGAAUGCCAACAAGCGAGUUACAUGUGUGUUCAAGUGUCCAGAAUGCAACUCGGUCUUUCCACAAAAGUAUCUGUUAAUGCAGCACUUUAAGGGUGUUCAUGUUGGAAACAUGACAGGAGAAACAGAGGAACCCAGUAUAGAACCAGGCGAUGCUGACUGGCACCAGGAUGGUCUUUUGACCCGACAACAGAAGAAUCCCGUUAAACAUACGGAAAGUCCCAGAAAAAAAGCUGAGCAGGACCGCCGACCACGUGGGAAACCUACUGGUUGGACAUGCGGGGAGUGCCUCCAGUUUUUCCCUGAAAGAGAUUCAUAUGUUUCUCACGUAAAGAUCAACCAUGGAAAGUCAAUAAAGAAGUAUCCAUGUCGACAUUGUGAGCGCUCUUUCAAUGCUGCCAUCAGUCUGAGACGACAUAUUCGCAGUGACCAUGAUGGAAAAAAGAAAAAUUACACUUGUUGGUAUUGCACUGAUAGCAAGACAGUAUUUACUACAAGUGUCAUGUUGAAAAACCACAUCAGUCUAAUGCAUGGAAUCAAGAAUCCCGAUCUCAGCCAGAUGCCAAAAUCAUCCGUCCUGGAAUCUAAAAAGGUUUUACGGAAGGGACCUGUGCCAGAAAGACCUUCCCAGGACACUCAGGAGGAAGGACGGGGCCGUUCUUCUGGACUUGAAGCUCCUUCUGCAAAGCGUCUCAAAGCUUCUUUCCGCUGUUCAAAUUGUGGUUUCAUCACAGAUGAUAAAACAAAGUUCCAGCAGCACAUAACGCACCAUAAAACUGAUAAAAACACUCCUCAGUGCCUUCACUGCGGCCUGUGUUUCACGUCUGUGCUUUCUCUUAACAGACACCUUUUCAUUGUACACAAAGUCAAAGACCUGGAGGAGGAGAAAGAAGAGGAGGAAGAGUUUGCUGCUGCAGCAGUGGUUAGAGAGAAGGACCAGGACAGUCAGCCAGUCAGAUACGCAGAUAUAGAUGAGGAGAAAGACUCGUUACAAGACAAAAGAGCCAGCAGGUCUGCACUGUGACAGCAAUUCAGAAGCGAGGAGUCACUUAGACACAAAAAGUCUCUGAACACCUCUUAAAAGCUGCUUUAAUGUCUUCAGUUUUUACAUGAAAGCAACAGGACGUGUUCUGCAUGGAGGCCGUACAGUGUUUUAAUUCUAAAUUUAUCUCAUAUUGUUAGGAGCCCAUGCAGUAUUUUCAAACAGAUCCUUAACAUUUAGUAAAGAACAGUAUUUUCAUAAAUUUAUAUCCAUCUUUUAAGUAUUUUUAUUUAAUGAUGCAUGUUGUUAAUAUAUUAAUCUUGCCUUUCAGUGAACUGCACACCUUUUUUAGCAGAGCCUUUUUGUGCAAGUACUUAUUGUGUUUUCCCUCCAAAUGUUGCAUCCAGCCUGACAGAAGACUCAGGAAUCUCUGUUAGUUUGUAGUUCUUGUGAUGAUUGACGGUUCAGUGAAGUAGAGGGUGUUUGCCUUUCUUAUUGAUGGAAAUUUCAGUUUCUUGCAUUUUGUUUUAAAUGUUUUAUGCAACUCACAAAAACUCGAAUUGUAUUCAGCUUACAGCUUCUUUGACAUGGCUGCUUUGCAAUUUAUUUGCAGUUAAACCCAAUUAUUUUAGUCACCUUUUAAAACAAGCAUAUUUUAAUUCAGAAUCACUUUAACAUCUCUAUUCCCAACAUGUUAAUUAACCACAAUCUGAAACUUAUUUCCGGAAUGAUCAAAGUAAGACCCAUUCAGCAAAAUCUGCAGGCGGCUGGCUACUCAUACAAAUUCGUUUUGACUAUUUAAGCAUUCUUAAAUGCUUUUGUUUUGGUGUUUACUGAACAUGUUAGAGUAGUUGCUGCACAUGUUGUCUAAGAUUUCGCCCCUAAUUAAUUUUUCUUAUUUUUUUAUUUGAAAAAGCAUUCAGGGGAAACCUUGGGAGGUAUUGGAUGUGUGGUGCAGCAGUGUUGAAAUUACCUCAAAUUGCCAGAAGUGUAUUUUUUUAGGCAGGUGAACAGUCAAUGUUAUUUGAAAUCAGGGUAUAUUGUUUUGGAUGAUCCAGAGCAGGUUUGAAAGUGAAGUUUGACAGAGAUCAUGUUUUAUGAACCAGGACUUGUGAGCAUGAAGCUGCUUAUUACGUUAAUUAUUACCUUGUAUAAUACUAAUAGGAUUUAUAAGGAAUCAGGUCUGAGGAAAAAAAUUUCAUAAUAUUGGAUUCUAUUGAUGUGUGCAGGUCCUGAUUUAUAAAGCAGCACCUCUUGUUUUGUGUUGAAUACAUGACAGUUCCUACCUCCAUGGACAAAGGCAGUGAUUGUUUCUAACAAAAGGCUUUGAGGAGUUACAGGUUAUCUAAGUGCAAUGUAAAGAUUUGUUUAUAAAAUGUGUGUUAUCCCACAUUAUUAAAUUUUAUAAAUUAUUUUGUGAAGGAUAUUAAGGCUAUAUGGUCAUAUUGACUUUGCUUGGCAACAUUUUUCUAUUUAAGUGCUAUAAGAGCUCUGUUUCUGUGUAAUGUAAAGUCCUGUAAUCACCCCACUGCAGAUGUUCAGCUGCAGAUGCUAAAAAGAAUGACUUGUUGACGACUUAUUUUGUAAUGCUUGUUGAAAGAUAUUUGUACUUUUGAUACUGUGUACAGUGAGGACUUGUAUAGGAAAGAAACCCUCUGUAUAUACAGUAGCCAAUGAACCCUGGAUUCACAGCAUUUCUUAAGCCAUUACAUCUAUUCAGCUUGCAGUGGCCCACGUGCCUUGCUGUAAUGUUUACAUUAAGUACUUCAAAUUAAACUGGUGCA